GAGAAGCGCGGAAGGGCGUCGUGAGGGGAGGGGGGAGAAUUAAGGCCCCAACGCUACGGUGAGCCCCGCCGCCUUCCUGCUCCGCUCGCCACAAUGAAGAUCUGGACUUCCGAGCACACCUUCGAUCACCCCUGGGAAACUGUUACUACAGCUGCUAUGCAGAAAUACCCAAAUCCCAUGAACCCCAGUGUGGUUGGAGUUGAUGUUCUGGACCGGCAUGUAGAUCCCAAUGGAAAGCUGCAUAGUCACAGAUUGCUCAGUACCGAAUGGGGCAUGCCAUCAAUUGUAAAAUCGCUUAUUGGUGCUUGUAGAACAAGAACAUAUGUACAAGAACACUCCGUAGUUGAUCCAGUGAAGAAAGUAAUGGAGCUCAAGUCUACUAAUAUUUCGUUUACAAAUCUGGUGUCGGUAGAUGAGAAACUAAUUUAUAAACCACAUCCUCAAGAGCCAGAAAAGACCAUUUUGACUCAAGAAGCAACAAUUUGUGUGAAAGGGGUUAGUGUUAGCAGUUACCUCGAAGGACUAAUGGAAAACACAAUCUCUUCUAAUGCUAAAAAAGGACGUGAAGCAUUGGAGUGGGUGAUCAACAAACUGAAUGCUGAAAUAGAGGAAUUCACUUCGUCAGCGAGAGGAAACAUGAGGUCCCCCAUGGCAGCAGCAGCCUUUGUGGAGAAAUAAUACAGGGCUCUAUAUGUCUACGUCUGUAGUUAGGCCUGAAUUCUAAAAUGAACAAUUGCAAAUUUCCUGGAAGCUGGAAAUAUUUAUUCUUAUACCUAUUUAAAGAAAGAUCUGUAGAUUACAUUUUUAAAUUAAAAACUUGGAAAGAAAUUGCAUAUAUGAAGGUAAUAUACAUGACUGAGUUACGUUGGACUGCACAUUCCUUUCAACUUUAACAAUCCAAGCAUUCAAGAUAAAUCCUGUGUUUGUAGGAAUCAGGCUUAAACUUCCAACCCAUAGUAGGCCUUCACUAAGCAAGCUGUGGAGGGCUAGUGUGCACAUUGCUACUUUUAUAGAAUCCAGGUUUACCUGUACUCUACGACUUUGAGGAUCAUCCUCAAAAUGAAGCAGAAGUAUUCUGGGCACAAUGGUUUGAGCAGUUUGUGAAAGGACUUUAAUUGGAAGAACAUUGGUUAUUACUUGAAAUAUGAUUUAUACUAAAAUGCUUUUUUAUAUGUUGUCAUGAAUGUUACAUUUUGCUAACAUGAGUGUGGUACUUAAAGCUGUCAUUUAAGUUAAAGCUUUGAUUUAUAUAAUAGAUGCAUCAUAAUUUUAAAAGAUUAACCAACUAAAGAUACGUACUAGCCAAAUUCAGAAUUUGGCAGAAGUUGCCUGCUAUAUAACUAGAGCAGAAGGAGAGAAUUUUGUUUACAAGUUCUCAAUUUUAGUUUUGUAGAUUCCCUAAGGGUACUGUAACAGUUGAAAAAUGUCGUUUGUUGACAGGCUCAUUCUUUGGGUCUGCAGUUUCAAGGAACUGGAAUUCAUAUAAAAGCUACGUGUUGCAUUUCAAAUGUACUGUAACAUUGUACAUCAUGAUUUUAUCUUUGCUUUGCCAAGUCAUCAAGAGACUAUAGAAAUUUCUGAAGUAGUACUUGGUCAUCUUUUACCCCUAAGGAACAUGAAGUACCCUUGAAUUCAGUAGCAAAAAAUAGUAAAUUCCAAUAUUCUCCUUUCCCCUCUUUCUUCACGGGGAAUAUUUGUAGAAAAACUUGAGAAUAGAAUAUAAAAUUGAAAUGGCAUUUCCUCUAAGAUGGGUAAAAUGUGAGGCUGUAUAUAAGAUACCUUUGAUGUGAAGGAAUGAAGGAGUAGUUUAAUAACUUCCUGCAGUUACUACACCAAGUAGUAAGUCAUGGAGGAACUAAAGGGUUGCAAGUAUGUUUUGAAAUCUCCUAAUUCUAUUUUCUCAAUUAUGUUUAAAGAACUGGAGUCUUCAUGCAUGCAGUUUUCUGUGCUACCUAGGAAUUGUCUGUCUAUAAUACAGAACUUUCUGAGAGUGAUUAUUGUACCUUUGAUUCAAAUGGCGGCGAGGGGAAGAACCUGUGAAUAUACCUGAGGUUACAAAUGUUUACUUACAUAUUUAAAUUUUAAAUAUUUUUCUACUUGGGUUAAAAUGUUGUCUUUACGGCAUUUGUAAAAACUGCAAAAAAAAUAAUAUCUGGUGGUUUUUUACAUAUUGAGAAUGUUAAUUAAAAUGUUAUCAAUGUUUGAUAUUCAAA